AUUUCUUCCUUCUUCUAAUGAUUUAUUUAUAAAAUAUACUGUGUCCUAUAUGGAGGAUAAGAAGGAUGAUGAUAUGGGGUAUUUAGUUUGUGUGUUCAACAACGUAAACACUACAAAAGAACACUACAUGCAUACGGAUCUUGAAUCUUGGAAUGAGUGUAGGGUGGGUGGGAAGUGGAUGAACCCUUGGAAAAAGCAGCAGUUCGAGAAAGCUUCGAGGAAGCUGGGAUUUAUGGAGAAGUUGGGGUAAUACCAUAAUCUUCGAUCAUCUUAAUUUUAUAUAUUCUUGGAUCGAGAAGCUAGGAAGAUUGGAUUUAUGUUUGUUCCAUUAUUAUACUACUCGUAGUAUAUAUUCGAUCUCGAUCGGCCAGCUAGCUAGCUAGCUAGUACUGAUGGAUGAUAUGCCGCAUCUGUAAAUACUACAUGCAUAUAUUGCGCUGCAUGCAUGCGCACAGAAUUGUUUAGGUAAAUGGUUUUUUAAGAGCAAGAGCUUUGUUAGAUUAUUGGACUUAUACUACAUGUAAUAUUCACAAUAUAUUAUUUAUCGGGUUUAAUUGUAUGUUAUAUGCUAUCUUAUAUUUAGGCCCAAAAAAAAUUAGUGGUCCUAUGGAUAUUAAUUUAAGUGGGCUAAUAAGUUAUCUAAUAAGGUAUAGGGCCCAAAUGUGUAGAGACCCAUGGGCUUGACCUAAUCAAUGAUGGGCUGAUUAGGGUUAAGCACUCUAUAAAUAAGGGGUUAUGGUCCCUAGUUGUAAACACCAUUCUGUCUUUCUGCAUCCCAUCGCUAGAGAGAUAAUCCCGAGGGUGUGUAUCAGCUAGAAGACGCAAACCCUAGCCUCCGUCUCCCGGAUCCCUAAAGAUCAUCUCCGAUGGAGUCAGGUACGCUUCCGCUCAGUUAAUUCUCUAGAUAAUUUCAAUAUGAAGAUUAAAGUAUUAUCGGAUUUAUUCAAACAAUUGGUAUCAGAGACACCUUCAUAUUGAAUUAUUUGGAGUUAGUUGAUGAUUAAAUGGAAAUCGAAAUUUUCUUGUAUGGCUGCCGAUUUGAUUUGCGGUAGCAUACUUGGGGGCAGCAUACUUGGGUUUCGUUUUGUCUUUUGAUUCAUUCUUCUUUAAGCAAAGCAGUUUCACACGUUAUGAUGGGAUACUGCGAUUUGUAUUUUUUAUUAUAAUUAUUAUGUUUCUAAUGCCACUACCUGCAUGGAGUCAGAUUUAGAUUUAUACAAUAAUUCGGCAAUUGAUGUUGUAGUGGAAUUGUACAUAUUUCGUAAUUGUCGAUUUGUUAUUUUCUACAUAAUUCGCAAAUUUAUACACAUAUAUAUAUAUUGGACAACUCCGGCUUUCAUAAUUGUCGAAUUGUUAUUUUUCUGGGUUUUGUUUUGGGAUCAAUCAAUCAUGCGAUUGAAUAGUUUUUUUGGGUUACAUCAUCGAUUUUCUGGAAAAUAGAUUCAAUAGUCAAUUAUUAUUUUGGAUGUGGCUGAAUUGAUUCAUAACUAAUCAUAAUUUCAGUUUCUUUCUUUAAGGAAUCAAGCCUUUAGCUUAUUUGUUUUGGAUUUGGAAUCGAUUUUGUUUUAAAACGAUUAGGCCUUUAGCUGAGAAUACCUAUAUCAAAUUAAAUUUUGAUAUGCUUCAUUUUUCGGUAAUUUAAUUUUGGAAUUUUAUGGCUUUAGUAAUAUAUUAAGUGCAUAUAUGUGAUUAUCGAUUUGGUAAUUAAAUACUUAUAUGUGAUUACAGGCAAAAUCAGUUCCAUUAGAAUUGCAUAUUUGGAAAUAAAUUACUUUUAUUGGUGAUCAUGAUUUACAGUUUAAAAAUGUAUUAUGUGUUAUGGAUGUAUAAACCCUAAUUUGUGAUCACAUAAAGAUUGGGUACAUGUUUUACAAAUUUCGUUACACAUAACACAUUUGCAUGUGAUUCAGAAAAAUUCGCCCAAUUUUAUUUUCAGAUUGUUGAUUUAAUAUUAGCAUGUCUAAUAUUUGGGUUGAUUAAUUGACGCAACAUGCUGCCAAAGUAGCCUCUCUUGUUGAAAUUAAUUAACUCAUAUAUUAAGAUGAUUGUGUACUUUCUUAUUUCAUGCGGAUAAUAAUCGGCCCAAAGGAAGGUUAUUAUUUGGCCGAAAUUUAAGUACAUUUGUGAUAAUAAAAUUUGUGAUGAUUAUGAAGUUUUUUCGUGUGAAUAUUAAGUCGGUCCAAAGAAAGGCUUAAUAUUUGACAAGAUUUUAUUAUCAAAAUUUUAUUAUCACACCAAGAGUACCACUUGCAAGUCUAAUUUAUGUCCAAAGACAAGAUUAGAUGUUGCGCUAGGUAUCUUGUGAUGAGGAUUGCUAAUAUUUAAAUUUAAAAUUAAUUAUAAAAUUAAUUUCAAUUCCUAGAGCAUAUCAUUUAUAUUAUUUUUGUUCUCUUUCAGUCAACAAUUCUGCUGCUACAAUAUCUGCUAAUAUUAAUAGCAUCCCAGUGCUUAACGGCACGAAUUUUAAGGAAUGGAAAGAGAAUGUUAUGAUCGUUCUCGGUUGCAUGGAUCUAGACCUUGCACUUCGGACUGAGAAACCCGCCGCUCUUAAGGACACAUCUACCCUCGAUGAAAAGAGGGAGAUGGAGAGGUGGGAACGCUCAAACCGCAUGAGUCUAAUGAUCAUGAAACGUGCAAUUCCAGAAUCAUUCAGGGGCACAAUGUCUGAUGAGGCCGAUGCCAAAUCAUUCCUUGCCGAACUUGAAAAGCGUUUUGCUAAAAACAAAAAGGCGGAAACUAGUACUCUUUUGAGCACUCUUGUUUCCAUGAAGUAUAAAGGCAAAGGGAACAUAAGGGAGUACAUUUUGGAAAUGUCUCAUAUUGCUUCUUUUGCAAAGGGACUAAUCACAAGAUAAAGAACUGCACUAAGUACCAUGCUUGGCGUGUGAAAAAGGGGUUGCCUGAGCUGCCGAAAACCAAUUGAUGGUGAAAGAUACAUCUAUGUCGGUGAUGGCAAGCGGGUUGAAGUUGAGGCUAUCGGUGUUUUUAGAUUAUUAUUAAAGACUGGUUUUUAUUUGGAUUUGAAAGAGACAUUUGUUGUGCCGUCAUUUAGGCGGAAUUUAAUUUCUAUUUCUGCA